AUGGAGGCAAUAUACGAGCGUAUGGCCAGUGCAGUCCAAGUUGGCCCUAGCGAGCUUUAUGGUACGCUUGGCGAGAAGAUCCUUGCCUGGGCAACAUUUGCUCGACGGCCUCUAUCCAUCAAAGAGCUCAACGAUGCACUUGAAGAUAACGGUAUAUUGGAGAUUCACCGCACAAUUGGAGAUCUCUGCGGUGGACUCGUCGUGGUCGAUCAGGAGGGGAGAGUUUCAUUGAUUCACCAGACUGCUCGAGAAUACUUGUGUCGCUCAGGUCCCACAUCAAGCUCUAUCGUCUUGGAUACGAAGGCUAUCAACAACAGACUCUUCCGAACAUGUGUUCUGCGUCUGAUGGGCAACAUACUUCGGGCCAAGAUCACUCAAGGUCGGCCUCCUGCCCUGUUGGCAUACGCGGCAAGCGAUUGGGCUUAUCAUCUGUCCCGUGGAUCUCCGACCGGCAGCCAGAACACUGGGCUUCUCCUGAAGUUUCUUCAGGGGCCUGCAGUACUGACCUGGAUACAAGCAGCUGCAGAGACGAAACAACUUAGAGCACUUGUAGUCGCAUCUCGGCAGAUAACCGAAGUCGUCGAAAAGCUCAAAAGGCUUAAUGACCAUGAGUCCCUGCUACACCGUCAGGCAAUAGAGGUCCUCAGCGCCUGGGCAACAGAUCUCGUAAAGCUGGUUGGGAAGUUCGGUGCACCUCUUCUCAAGAGGCCUGAUGCAAUCUACAAGUUGAUACCGCCUUUCUGUCCAGAAAUGUCAGCCGUCCUCCAACAGUUCGGGGUGAGGGAGUCCAAGACCCUCUCCAUUUCAGGUCUCAACAGGAACGUUUGGGAUGAUUGCCUUGCACGCUUACUACUCGAAUCAGGGCUGAUGACAUCGGCCGUGUUGGCUGCUGGCUCGCGCAUCGCCGUCUUGACUAACAGAAAAAGCUCAGGCUGUGUAUUCUUAAUUAGUGCUUACUCUUUUGAAGAAGAGCGUCGCUUGAAUCACGGGGAGCGCGUGCAUAGAAUACAAGUGGACAAGACCAACACACACUUGCUCAGUUACGGCCGCAAAACAACCAAAGUAUGGGACAUACCAUCUGGCGAAUGUCUCACGACACUUGAAAAUCCCUCCAAUAGACCAAGGCCACAUAGUGUUAUCUUUGUAGAAAACACAAACACGGUUCUUGUCGCUGGAGAGGAUCGCAUUGUCAGAUCGUUCAAUUUCGGAGCUGAUAUAGUGGAGUGGGUGUGUCAAGGACACAUUGAACAAGAGACCUCGGGUCAUACUCUCCUCAAUGCACCAAUUUGUUCCGCGCUGAGCCCUGACGGAGAGAUGAUUGCCUUUGGAUACCGUGGGUACCCGGUUACCGUUUGGCACCUACGCGACAAGUUUACGAUGGGUCGAUGCAACAUGGCUCCUGAUGGCUUCACCAUCAUACUUCAGGAAAAUGCGCUGGGUGAAAUCAUACAGUUCGCCUGGCAUCCUUUUAGCGGUGAGGUUAUAGGUUUGCAACGAGACGGCAUCCUGUUCAAGUGGAACCCUUGUGACGACGAGCCAACUGAUGUCAUCUCAGCCGGCGCCCACUCGCUGUGCGUCUCGGCUGACGGGUCUCUGGUUGCCACUGGUGACACAGUUGGAACCAUAAAAGUUUAUACGACUGAUGAUCUAUCUCUUCUCUAUCAACCAUCCUCCCAAGACGCGAUUUUAGGUGUCGACUUCAGUGCCGAUUCCCGACGAGUCUAUGACAUACGCGCGAGCUACGGAAACGUAUGGGAACCGAAUGCUCUCGUCCGUCUUGCCGAGAGUUCCGAAUGCACAGAUCAUAGCAGCGAUUCUUGGAGGGAGACUGAAACGACCAGGAGGAAAAGGAUUUGGGGCAAACCCAGGAGCUAUAGAAGCCCACUAUAUUCUACCAGGUGA